UGGGGCGGGGCCUGGUAGGAGUGGGGCCUUUGCUGCGCAAGUGGGAAGCGUCGCCUCGUGGCGGCGCCGGCAAUUUUCGCGCCAAACUCGGAGGGGAACCCCAGCGUGCGGGCUGCCGCAGAGGUGAUCGCCGCUGCUAUCAUGGUUCGACCGCUGAACUGCAUCGUUGCCGUGUCCCAGAAUAUGGGCAUCGGUAAGAACGGAGACCUGCCCUGGCCUCUGCUCAGGAACGAAUUCAAAUACUUCCAAAGAAUGACCACAACCUCUUCAGUGGAAGGUAAACAGAAUCUGGUGAUUAUGGGCCGGAAAACCUGGUUCUCCAUUCCGGAGAAGAAUCGACCUUUAAAGGACAGAAUUAAUAUAGUUCUCAGUAGAGAGCUCAAGGAACCACCACAAGGAGCUCAUUUUCUUGCCAAAAGUCUGGACGAUGCCUUAAAACUUAUUGAACAGCCAGAGUUAGCAAAUAAAGUAGACAUGGUUUGGAUAGUUGGAGGCAGUUCUGUUUACAAGGAAGCCAUGAAUAAGCCAGGCCAUCUCAGACUCUUUGUGACAAGGAUCAUGCAAGAAUUUGAAAGUGACACGUUUUUCCCAGACAUCGAUUUGGAGAAAUAUAAACUUCUUCCAGAAUACCCAGGUGUCCUUUCUGAAGUCCAGGAGGAAGAGGGCAUCAAGUAUAAAUUUGAAGUCUAUGAAAAGAAAGGCUAACAGGAAGGUGCUCGCUGGUUGACUUGAAGCUCUCCUGCUUUCCUCCUAAAAUUACUCCUUCUUACAAGGCCAUGGACUUCUGUUGACUUUGGAUCUAUGAGUGAUUCUUUCUUUGGGGGUUAGUUGGGGGAAAGUGUUUGUUUUGAGUUGCUGAAGCUGGAACCCGGGGCCCUGUGCAUGCUGGGUAAAUGCUGUGCUACUAAGCCACACCCCAGCCCCUGUAUAAUUCUAUACAAUAUGUUUUCAUUUCCAUUAAUCUAACCAGGUUAUAUUAAAUAUACUUGAAGAAACCCUGCUUUCUGUAAAGGUCUCAAUGCCCCGCCCACGUGGCCUCAGGUGGCUCCCUGGAAGAUGCAUAGGGUAGUGUGUGUACAAGAGAAGACCCCAAAGAGAGAGAGCCCUUGAGAGCAUCAGCUCAUGUGGGGGCUCAGAGAGAUAGGAGCUAGACAGAUAAGUCCAAAGGGUGGAAAUGGGUUUUAAACAGCAGAGCUGGAACUCAGACUUUAAAAGAAAAUUAGAUCAAAGUAGAGACUGAAUUAUUCUGUGCACAUCACACUCUCGGCAAAGUUCUGUUCACUCAGACAGAAAAUCGGUAAAUUGAGUUCUCCAUUGUGUUCCAUGGAGAAGGGAGCAGGUGGAAGAUUAUGUAAGGUCUGAAACACUGAAUCUCUCCGUUUCUCAUCUUCAGUGAGUGAGAUUCCAAGGGGUGUUUCAGCGACAGAACAAGAAUAGGCUGCUUUCUCAAAAAAAAAAAAAAAAAAAAAAAAGAACUAAUAGCAAGCAUAAUAGCUACUGUUAAGAAUUCAGAGAUAAUGAAUUGAGAAUGGAUAUUGCUUGAAAUGAAAAUUAAUAAGUUAGAAACUAAACUUUAUGAAAAUGAAAAAAAAUGAGAAUUAAAAUGCCUUUCUUAUCAUCUCAGCAGGGCUUAUAUCAUCAGGUCAAAAAAAGAUAGUAUUUUCAGACCUGCCUUGUUAAUUAAUACAAUCUUUUUUUUUAAAGAAUUUUUUUAUCUUUCACUUGACAGUUUCAUAUAUGUAGAUCCAAAUCCCCACUCCCUCUCCCUCCACUGCCUUCAUAUCCUCAUUUUUGUUUUUCCUAACCCACUGAAAACAGUUAAGGUGUUCUUCAUGAUCCUAGGUGUAUGGAUCAUGGGCAGCCUGCAGUGGCCACACCUACACACACCCAGCCGCCAUCAGUUGCCAAUAGCUCUUCAACUGUGGAUGGAGCCUCAUGAGCCUCUCCUAAUCCAUGCUGGACUAUUUACUGGAUUGAUCUGCAGAUAACCAUAUUGAUCUGCAGAUAGCCAGAGCUGCUGUGAGCUUGGGAGUGUAAUGGCCGUGUGCUGUCCAGAAGACGGCAUUAUAUAUACAGCACUCUUCCUCCUUCAGGCCUUUCAUUCUCUCCAGCACAUCUUCCCCAAUGUUCCCUGAGCCUUAGACAGGGUUGUUGACAUAAAUGGUCUAUUCAGAACUGAAUAUUAAGCAAUCAUUUAUUUUCUUUGUUCCGUUAUGAGUCUCUAUGCUGACUGCUGUCCACUGCCAAACUUUUGCUCUGACUGGAGUUAUGAGCAGCACUAACCCGGGCUAUAAACCCAGAUAUUUAGAAGGCACUUUGAAAACCUAUCCAUUUAGCAAACAACAAUAGUAGGUUCCCCUUCGGAGCCCAUGAAUCCCACAGCCAUGGGCAUUUGACCAGGUUUACGGUACCAUACAUGUGAUUGCUCUCCUGUGGAGCGGGCCCUCAGAUCCGACUAGAAAGCAGUUGGUUACCAUGAUAGUCAUGCCAUGACUGCACCAGUAGGUUAGUAGUGUAACAUGCGGGGCCUACCACUUGGUAAGUCCAUGAAUGACUUUUCUCCCCUGGUGAUUUGCAUAACACCCGGCACUGUGAAGGCUGUCCAGGAAGGAGGAAGCUUGCAAGUCAGCUCCAGAUUGAUUUCUCCCUGUCCUGCGACCACAGUGUGCUGUGCCUUCAGCAAUAGGGGCUUGCCGUCUAGCUGUGGUGACCAAGCCAAGAGCAAUGGCAAUAGCCUGUGUUGUUUGGGGAGCCUCCAUAACCAAUUGCUCCUAAUGAGGUGUCUCGUACCUUGCACUGAGAUUCAUUUAAUUCAUUCAUUUAGUGACCUGUGUUUUCAUUUAAUAAUCGUCCACUAGUGUGUAAGGUACCACCAUUCAAAUUUUUUUUUUUUUUAGUUAUAAUUACAUUACAAAGCAGUGGGGUGUUUCUUAGUUUUAGUUAACCCAUACUAUAGAUACAGUCUUUUGAAUGUAGUCAAUUCAGUUUCAUAAUAUUCUAGGUUUGAACCCAGAAAUACUACCUGAUAAUCAUGAACAAAUUGCUGAACUCAAGGAGCCAGGGGGACAGCUGAAUUAGUUCCUAUAAAGCAUGGGAACUGAGUUUGUGUUAUGCAUCAGUUUCCUCUAAAAUUAAAACCUAUCUUGAAAGCUGUUUUGAAACAAGAUAAUAUAGAGGAAGUGAAACUAGAGGAUAGUCUAAGGGGAGGUGAAACAGUCUGUUCUGCUAGGAAGUUCCUUAAAUUCAGGAAGCAAGCAACUCGAAAGGGUUUAGGAAGUUCCUGAAUCUGACCAGGCACACUAGACCCCACCCUUCCCAAGCACAUAUAAGCAGUGAUUGUCCAGGGACACUGAGACAAGCUGGGCUAUGUAGAAGAACAGCUGAGCCUCCUGGAAGAGCAGAGACCAGUGAAACUGUCUGAAAGAGGUUUAGAUCUACUGAACUACCCGGAAAGGACGCCCCAACCUGUUGAGCUGCCUGUAGGUUGUAUAAUGCACUACAGGUUUCCAGAUUUCAUGAGCUGUCACCCAUGCUGGUGUGGGCUUUUGGUGAUGCAACUGUCUUUGAGUCAUUUCUGCUUCUGUAAGUAAGCCCAAUAAAACUCAAUGGUUCACCAAGUUGAA